AAUCAACGUAUUGCUCAACUUCCCCUGAUAAGACCUUCUCCUGCCCAUGGGCUCGGUCAUAUAAACUCUUGAGAGAGAUGACCAGCAUUUCUCAAAAUCUUCACUCAGACGCACAAACGCUUUCUAAGGUGGCCAGACCCAGACAGUGAGCAGCGAUGCCAUCCGAGCUAGAGACCGCCAUGGAGUCCCUCAUCAUGGUAUUCCACCGCUACGCUGGAAAAGAGGGCAAGAGUGGCUCCCUGACCCGCCGUGAACUCCGAACCCUGAUGGAGAACGAGCUCUCUGGGUUUCUCAAGUCUCAAAAGGAUCCGACUACUAUCGACAGAAUUAUGAAGGACUUGGAUGCCAAUGGAGAUGGGGAGGUGAACUUUGAGGAGUUUGUGUCUUUGGUUGUGGGUUUGUCCAUCGCCUGUGAAGCGUGCUACAGGAUGCAGUUAAAGAAGACACAAAGCUGGAAAUGAAGAGGAAAAUGAUCCGUGCAUACAAACUGUAAAAUGUAUCAUGUUGGUCUAUUAAAAUGUCAGAUUUUUUUUUUUACUUAUCCUUUGAGUAUGUUCAUGUGGAGAUCAGUAUCGAAUGAAAACCAUAAAAACUACUUUUGGUUAAAGUACAGUGGGUGUGUAUGACAGGUCUUUGGCCUACAGACAGUUUUCUUUUAGCUUCAACCCCAUCUGUGUUAAAAGCAAACUAUGUUAAUAUUUAUAAUAAAGCUUUAAUAUUAAAAAGUC